CACCCCUGAAUCCCCAGUCCAGUUGUGUUCUGUGACGUCAUACGAUCUGCGGCCCGUCGCGGACUCAGGGCUGGGUUUCCAUUUUCGCAGCGAGCGAGUUUCGGGGAGCAACAAUAUGGAGCCGGAGAUGGAGGACAAAACGUUGGAGCUAAUGAACACCACUUUCAUGGACUCCCAGACAGAUGACCUCUCAUCAAAGAAGAUCAUAGUGUUCAAGACGAUCACCAAUGGUCCGAUGACGGGCUCAAGGAAGCGGCCAUCGGAAGGGAACUAUGAGAAGGAGAAGGACGUGUGCAUCCAGCUGUUUGACCAGUGGUCUGAGGCUGACCAGGUGGAGUUUGUGGAACACCUGAUUUCACGCAUGUGCCACUACCAACACGGCCACAUCAACUCCUACCUCAAACCCAUGCUCCAAAGGGACUUCAUCACUGCAUUGCCAGCUCAGGGUCUGGACCACAUAGCGGAGAACAUCCUGUCCUUCCUGGACGCACGCUCGCUGUGCUCGGCAGAGCUGGUGUGUAAGGAGUGGCAGAGGGUCAUCUCAGAGGGCAUGCUGUGGAAGAAACUCAUAGAGCGUAUGGUCCGUACAGACCCCCUCUGGAAAGGCCUGUCAGAGAGGCACCAGUGGGAAAAGUACCUGUUCAAGAAUCGAACCACAGAAGUCCCACCAAACUCCUACUACCGCUCCCUGUACCCCAAAAUCAUCCAGGACAUAGAGACAAUUGAGGCCAACUGGAGGUGUGGUCGGCACAAUCUGCAGCGGAUCCAGUGUCGCUCAGAGAACAGUAAGGGGGUUUACUGUCUGCAGUAUGACGACGACAAGAUCAUCAGCGGCCUCAGAGACAACUCCAUCAAGAUCUGGGACAAGCAGUCUCUGGAGUGUCUGAAGAUCUUGACGGGUCAUACAGGUUCAGUGUUGUGUCUGCAGUAUGAUGAGAGGGUCAUCGUCACCGGGUCCUCAGACUCCACCGUCAGGGUGUGGGAUGUGAACACUGGGGAGGUGCUGAACACUCUGAUCCACCACAACGAGGCGGUUCUCCACUUGCGGUUCUGUAACGGUCUGAUGGUGACAUGCUCGAAGGACCGUUCCAUCGCCGUGUGGGACAUGGCCUCGCCCACAGACAUCAGUCUGCGCCGCGUGCUGGUCGGCCAUAGAGCAGCGGUCAACGUGGUGGACUUUGACGACAAGUACAUCGUGUCAGCGUCCGGUGACCGUACCAUCAAGGUGUGGAGCACCAGCACGUGUGAGUUUGUACGUACGCUGAAUGGCCAUAAGAGAGGCAUUGCCUGUCUGCAGUACAGAGACAGACUAGUGGUCAGCGGCUCGUCGGACAACACUAUCCGGUUGUGGGAUAUUGAGUGCGGGGCAUGUUUGCGGGUAUUGGAAGGCCAUGAGGAGUUGGUCCGUUGCAUUCGCUUCGACAACAAAAGGAUCGUUAGCGGAGCCUACGAUGGUAAAAUCAAAGUAUGGGACUUACAAGCUGCUCUGGACCCUCGUGCCCCUGCCAGCACCCUCUGUCUGCGCACACUGGUGGAGCACUCUGGGCGUGUAUUCCGGCUACAGUUUGAUGAAUUCCAGAUCAUCAGCAGUUCCCAUGACGACACUAUCCUCAUCUGGGACUUCCUGAACGUGUCGACCAAUGGACAGACUGAGGGCAGGUCGCCCUCUCGCACGUAUACAUACAUCUCCAGAUAGCAGGCCCGGUGGAAUGUGAUGUGUGUGCGGGGACAGUCCUAAUGGCCAAGUCAAUGUGCCAGGGUCAGAGGUCACUUCCCACUCCAUCAUCCUCGCUGCAUCAUCUCUGUCCUCCUCCUGGUGUUCGUGUGGAGGGGUCGUCCCGCCCUCAUCGGGCCUUCGGUGCUCAAACACAUUGCCCCUUACACCCCCCCACCCCAACCAAAUCGCACACAAACAUGCACACAAAGCGGAGUCUACUAGGUCACACUCUAAGGCCCAACUCCCCUUACUCUGGUCACCCAAGACCGAGUAACAGACAUGGACAUGAAGGAAUCUGAACUGAAUGGCUGGAGGAAUGGAGAAAGAGGGUUGGAAACGGCCUGUUAAAGAUGCCCUGGGGAGGAAAGGAAGGAAGGAGGCAGGGCCGGGGCUCAACUCAACGGGGCUCAUACUCCGGCCUCUUCAUCCAGACUGAGUGACAGAUGCCUCAGGCCCGCCCCUUUGGGCACCAAGGACAUAUCUAUCUUGUUAUUUUCUCAUUUUGUUUGGUAGAAGAAAAAAAAUGUGGAAGAGAGCUGAUGUUUUUUUUCCCCUGAAGACAGUACUGCAUGGAUAAGUGAUGGGACAACAGUGUGCUAGUGACCUAUUUAAGUUUUUCUAUAUAUUUUUUUAUUUUUGACCCAAUUAAUUUAGUUUGUUAGUGUACUAAGAAUUUUUCUUCUCUCCAAACCCCUCUCAAAUUCACCCCCUCUCAUCCUUAGUUCUCUACCCUGCGUUCGUCUUUCACUUACUCUCCCUCUGUCCUGUUCUGUCCCCCCUCUUGCUGCCUGUCUAGGUUCUGAAUGACCCCUUACUGAGCUGAAAUUAGUUGUAAACAGAAUUGUCUUGUCUAAAAUGGUGUUGUAUAUUGAAAAGUUUUUUUUAAAGGAAAAAAAAAAAACAUUAAUAAGAAUAAAGUACUUGAAUGUGAAGGAGUGUAAACCAGAGUGUGAGUAAUGUACUGGUUCAGUAUCAUGCAUCUAUGCCAUCGGUACUGUAUGUACAGACCAAACCACCACUCAUUUGAAGUGAACCUCCCAUUGCUCGUCUAUUAAAUAUAAUCUUGAUAUACAGA